AUGCAGCUUCCUCUCUUCAACAAAGUGCUUCCUCGCUUGAUCAAGAUGCUUCCUCUCUUCAUCAUGCAGCUUCCUCUCUUCAUCAAGAUGCUUCCUCUCUUCAACAAAGUGCUUCCUCGCUUGAUCAAGGUGCUUCCUCACUCCAUCAUGCAGCUUCCUCUCUUCAUCAAGGUGCUUCCUCUCUUCAUCAAGAUGCUUCCUCUCUUCAACAAAGUGCUUCCUCGCUUGAUCAAGGUGCUUCCUCACUCCAUCAUGCAGCUUCCUCUCUUGAUCAAGAUGCUUCCUCUAAAUCAAGUGCUUCCUCUCUUCAUCAAGGUGCUUCCUCGCUUCAUCAAGAUGCUUCCUCUCUUCAACAAAGUGCUUCCUCGCUUGAUCAAGGUGCUUCCUCUCUUCAUCAUGCAGCUUCCUCUCUUGAUCAAGAUGCUUCCUCUCUUGAUCAAGAUGCUUCCUCUCUUGAUCAAGGUGCUUCCUCUCUUCAUCAAGGUGCUUCCUCUCUUCAUCAUGCAGCUUCCUCACUCCAUCAUGCAGCUUACUCUCUUCAUCAAGGUGCUUCCUCUCUUGAUCAAGAUGCUUCCUCUCUUCAUCAAGGUGCUUCCUCUCUUGAUCAAGGUGCUUCCUCGCUUGAUCAAGGUGCUUCCUCACUCCAUCAUGCAGCUUCCUCUCUUGAUCAAGAUGCUUCCUCUCUAA